CAAUGUAGCACACGCAUAAUGGGAUUUACCGGGUUCACUUUCAAACGCUUGUGUUGUUGUUUUAAAAAUUAACGAGACUUUCGCUUCGACUUCAAAGGGGAUGAAACGCAGUGCCGCUGAAUGAACAGGUGAGGGGGUGCCAUGCCAGCUGCUGCUCCCCUGUUGCUGCUCCUCGCCAUCUUGUGGUGGCCUCUGGUACUGCCUCUGGCCCCCGGUCAUCUUCAGAGCCCCCCUACAUUCAUCACCCUUAAUGGCUCCCGCCUCAAUCACCUCCUGCUCGACACCCAUUCAGGCCACGUCUACGUGGGGGCGGUAAAUGUGCUCUAUCACCUCUCCCCAGACUUGCAGCUGCUCUCCUGGGGCAAAACAGGGCCUAAAUUGGACAGCCCGGACUGCCUACCCCCCAUUGACCCCACCGAUUGCACCCAGGCGGAAACUACGGACAACACCAACAAGCUUCUGUUGCUGGAAGAGGUCAAAGAAAGGGAACCACUCAGUCUGAUCGUGUGCGGGACGGUCCUGCAGGGCAUCUGCGAGAAGCGAAGCUUAGAGAACGUCUCUCAGGUGCUGUACAAGACCGACAACCCCGUGGACACACAGUAUGUGGCAGCAAACGACCCUCGAGUGUCCACGGUUGGUGUGGUGGUGGAGCAGAAAGGUGUUCUGCUUAUGCUUGUUGGGCGGGGCUACACCAGUAAAGGACCUGGUGGGGUCCCGCCAAUCACGAUGCGACGCUUAACCCCAGUUGCCCGACACUCUGCACCAGCAUUUUCCCAUGAAGAACUUGGAAAACUGGUUGUCGGUAGCUACUCUGAAUACAACAACCACUUCGUGAAGGCUUUUUCACACAACAACUUUGUCUAUUUUGUGUUCUCUCGGCGCGACGUGUGGGGCAAACGAGAGUAUCGGACGUAUGUUUCAAGACUCUGUGCAGGAGACCCCAAUUUCUACUCUUAUGUGGAGGUGCCGCUUUCCUGCGGUGAAGGAUAUAAUCUGGCUCAGGCGGCUGUACUUGACUAUCACCGUGAACAACCCACGCUGUUUGUGGCUAUGGCCAUGGGGCAGGCGUCGACUCCCACACCCACAGACCGGUCGGCUCUUUGUGUGUACAAGGUGGAGGAGCUGGAUAAAGCCCUGCAUGGCGCCCAGCUACUGUGUUAUACACAGGAGGGCAAAGAUGCCAACAACAAGGAGAAGGCAUAUAUAGAGUACGAAGUGUCCUCCAAUUGUCUGAAGCUCCCGCAGGACUCUCUGAAUGAGUACCCAUGUGGAGGUGAACACACACCCAGUCCCAUCGCCAGCGCCAUUGCUCUCGAGGCCACACCCGCUUUCACCUGGACUCCUCUCAUCACUGCUGUCACAACAGCAACUGAAGUUGGCCAUACCAUAGUACUGCUAGGAGACAAAAAUGGAAGGCUGCACAAGGUGUUCUUGCAUGCAAAUGGUACCGGUACCAAAUAUGACACAGUGGAGGUGGAUGCUGAGAGUCCCAUUAACGCUGACCUGCUGUUGGACUUCACCAAACAGAACGUCUACAUAUUAACUGAAAGAAAGGUUACAAAGCUCCAUGUCGCUCAGUGUGAGAAGCAUUUAGACUGCCACUCCUGUCUGUCUAAUAGAGAUCCCUACUGCGGCUGGUGUUCGCUGGAGGGCAGAUGCACAAGGAAGAUGGACUGUGCACGGCACGGUCAGCCUCAUCACUGGAUCUGGAGCUACAGCCGUGAGCGCCAGUGUGUGUCCAUAGAGAGUCUACACCCCUCCAUCCAGAGCAGAGAAGAGCAGACACGGGUCUCUUUCACAGUUCUACAGUUGCCGGUCUUGUCAAAGGAUGAGUCUCUAUUUUGCGCUUUUGGGAGUUUGGCUGCUCAGCCUGCAGUUGUCAUGGAGAACAGAAUCACAUGUCAAUCACCGGCUCCAGAGCAGCUCCCCCCGAGUCCGCCAGGCAACGAUCACGUAUCUGUUCGAAUGGCGCUGAAGUUUGGAGACGUGACCGUCUCGCAUACAAAUAUCACUUUUUAUGAUUGUAAAGCAGUCGGACGGCUCAACGCUACCUCACCAAGUCUGAACAUUGGAUUAAGCCAGGAGCAGUCAUCGCCCCGCGGGCCCGACUCUUGCCCCUGCGUCUGGGCUCUGCAGAGCUUCCCUCUGGUUCCUGUUGGCUUUGACACCGAGCUCUCUCUGCAGGGCAAAAACCUGGACAUAUUUGAGGAUGAGGAAGAUUAUGCUUGCGUGCUGGUCAUCGAAGGCCAGGAGCUGCGCUUGCCAGCCACGUUGGACCGCAGCAAAGAGACAGGGACGCAUGUGUUCAAGUGUGCCGCUCAUCAGUUUCGGUAUUCAGGAAAGCAGUUUGAAUAUUCCGCUCCUGUAUAUCUGCAAUGGGGGACGCAGCGUAUAGACUCAGCACCACAUCUCCGCUUGCAGCUGUAUGACUGCUCAGUGGGACAGUCCGACUGCAGCCAGUGUCGUGCGGUUGCUGCCAAUUACGGAUGUGUGUGGUGUGCCGAUGAAACCCCCGGCUGUGUGUAUAACCAAUCCUGCACCAGUGGAACCAUGGACACCUGUCCUCCUCCUCUAAUUACUGAGGUCGAGCCGCUGACUGGGCCACUGGAGGGCGGCAUCCUGCUG